CUCAAUCCCCGCUGCAGCUCGCUGCGUUUCCGUAGCCAGUGUCGCUACCCGCUGAGCUCUGGCUGGUGAGACAGCUCACGGAAACGAUUGCUCCCGAUCGAACAACGCCAAAGCUGGUCACAUAAAUGGCGGAUUAACACUGAUAUCGGAAAGGACUCGCUAAAUCAAUGUUCGUGAUUUGGGUGCUUUAGGAGUGUGCGCUGGUAACACCCUCCGUAACAUGUGAGAUGUAUACAGAAAGAUAUUAACUAACCGUCGCGUCCGUACAGGAGGAAAAUGAAGAAGUUUAACAUUAGAAAGGUGCUGGACGGCUUGACAGCGGCUUCUUCUUCCUCCUCCGCAACUGCUCAGCCAGGAACUCCCAGGGAAACCGAUGUUAUCCAGGAGACUCUCCAGUCGGAGCAUUUCCAGCUUUGCAAGACUGUGCGUCAUGGCUUCCCACAUCAUCCUUCCUCAAUGGCUUUUGACCCAGUGCAGAAAAUCUUGGCCGUUGGGACUCAGACAGGAGCUUUGAGGCUCUUUGGCCGUGCGGGCGUGGAGUGCUACUGUCAGCAUGAGAGCGGUGCUGCUGUCAUCCAGCUCCAGUUCCUGAUCAACGAGGGGGCGCUGGUGAGUGCGUUAGCUGAUGACAGUAUCCACCUGUGGAACCUGAGGCAAAAAAUCCCCGCUAUCCUGCAUUCUCUCAAGUUCAGCAGAGAGAGAAUCACAUACUGCCACCUGCCCUUCCAGAGCAAAUGGCUUUACGUUGGCACAGAAAGAGGAAACAUCCACAUUGUCAACGUGGAGUCCUUCACUCUCUCAGGCUAUGUCAUCAUGUGGAACAAAGCCAUCGAACUAUCCACCAAGACUCACCCAGGGCCUGUCGUGCACAUCAGUGAUAACCCCAUGGAUGAAGGAAAGCUUCUGAUUGGAUUUGAAUGUGGGGUAGUCGUGUUAUGGGAUUUGAAGUGCAAAAAAGCUGACUACCGCUACAGUUAUGAUGAGGCCAUCCACUCAGUAGCCUGGCACCAUGAGGGUAAACAGUUUGUUUGCAGCCACUCUGAUGGCACUCUGACCACAUGGAAUGUACGAGUCCCAGCCAAGGCUACACAGAUCAUCACACCACAUGGAAAGCAGCCUAAGGAUGGAAAAAAGCCAGAACCAUGCAAGCCUAUCCUGAAGGUGGAAUACAAAACAACAAGGGCUGGGGACCCAUUCAUGGUCCUUUCUGGAGGUCUGUCAUACGAUACGGUGGGGAGGAGAGCCUGCCUGACUGUGAUGCAUGGAAAGAGCACCGCCGUCCUGGAGAUGGACUACCCAAUUGUAGAUUUCCUAACGCUGUGUGAAACUCCAUAUCCAAAUGACUUUCAGGAGCCUUAUGCUGUGGUGGUCCUCCUCGAGAAGGAUUUAGUUGUAAUAGACCUUGGACAGAUUGGGUACCCAAUAUUUGAGAAUCCAUAUCCUCUGACCAUCCAUGAGUCACCAGUGACCUGCUGUGAGUACUUCGCUGACUGCCCUGAUGAAAUUAUUCCUGCACUUUACUCUGUCGGCAGCCGGCAAAAGAGACAAGGUUAUAGCAAGAAGGAAUGGCCCAUUAGCGGAGGAAACUGGGGUCAAGGCACUCAGAGUUACCCUGAGAUCAUAAUCACUGGACAUGCUGAUGGGACGAUCAAAUUCUGGGAUGCCUCUGCAUUAAUGCUCCAAGUGCUGUACAAGCUGAAGACUGCCAAGGUUUUUGAGAGGGCUCGCGGUAAGGAGGAUAAGUCAAGUACAGAAAUAGUAGAGGAGGACCCGUUUGCCAUCCAGACCAUGUCCUGGUGCCCUGAGAGCAGGAUGCUCUGUGUGGCUGGGGUUUCUGCCCACGUUAUCAUCUACAGGUUCAGCAAACAAGAAGUCACCACUGAAGUUGUGCAGCUUUUGGAGGUGCGGAUGCAGUGUGAGUUUAGCAAUGGGGACUCCCCUGAUACAGGAGGGGAGAAGACCCCUACCCUGCCCACCCCGGGGGCCUCCUCCAGCCCUCAGGAGAGCGAGCCACCCACUCAACCCUCCACAGGCAGCAAUUCCACUGAUGGACCCCGGGACAAUAUACCAUGCCUGCAGGUGCGGAGCUCCCCGCUAAAGCAGUCUCCGGGCUACCAGGUGGAGCUGGUGAUCCAGCUGGUGUGGGUGAGCGGGGAGCCACCUCAGCCGAUCACCAGCCUGGCUAUCAACUCCUCCUACGGCCUUGUGGUGUUUGGAAACACUAAUGGUCUGGCUGUGGUGGACUACCUCCAGAAAACUCUGCUCCUCAACAUGGGCACAACGGAACUGUGCAGCCCAUCUGACCCCUACCCAAGGCAGCCUCGCUCCCCUCGCAAACCGCGACAGCCUUCUGGAGCACCCUGCGAUACCAACGAUGGGUCCAACACCUCAGAGGACCGCUGCAAAUCACCUACAUCUGGCUCUACCUCACCUUGCAAUUCUGAUGAUGAGCGCAAACAGAAGUUCAUAGAGAAGGUGAAGUUCAAAAGCAGACGCUUUUCCAAGACGGUUGCCAAUGACUUUGCCAAGAUGUCACGGAGAAUUAGCUCAUCUAGCGAGCAAAAGACAGACCUGGAGAAGAGGUUCCAACGGCGCUGUGUCACAUUUAAGAAGCGCUUUUGUUGUGUGAAGGAAGAUAAGGCGGCAGCCAGGAUGAGCAAGAACGGGCCCAUCAGUAGAACUGAGUCAGCCCCCAACUUCUAUGCCAAGGAUAACUCAUUCACCCGCUCACGUAGUUCAAGUGUAACCAGCAUAGACAGAGAGUCUCGGGAGGCCAUCUCCUCCUUUCACUUCUGUGAGAGUUUCCCCAGGAAGGUGGACAGCCUGGUCAGCCCCUGUCUGCUGGUGGGAACCACCCAGGGCUCUGUGAUGAUGGUGGCCCUUAGCUUGCCACCCGGUGGGGACCAGAGGCUGCAGCAACCAGUUGGCAUCUCCUCCUGUGGCACUAUGGUCAGACUCAAAGGAGGCAUUUUGACUAUGGCCCUGUUGGAUGCCACUGGAACUCUGCUGCCCCCUUCCUACGAGCCGUGGUAUGACUCAAAUGCCUCCGAAGAGGAGAAGGAGAAGAGCCGGAAGCGCAGGCCAGCCUCCCCUCCCUCUUCACAAGACGGUCAAGAUUCCCAGUUCGCCGUGCUGUGUUCGGAGAAACAGGCCAAGGUGGUGGCCAUGCCCUCCCAAACCCGCAUCUACAAACACAGCAUCACAGAGUCCUCCUUUGUGCUGAGGGCUGAUGUUGUGCAGAUGUCCGGAGCCAACUGCAUCACCUGUUUCUGUGCUAAUGGGCACAUAAUGGCUCUAAGUUUGCCCAGUCUAAGGCCUCUGCUGGAUGUAAACUACUUGCCGCUGACCGAUAUGAGGAUAGCCAGAACAUUCUGCUUCUCCAACGUCGGUCAGGCCCUAUACCUCACCUCCCCAACUGAGAUCCAGAGGAUCACUUAUAGCCAGGAGACCUGCGAUAACCUGCAGGAGAUGCUCAGUGAGUUAUUUACCCCUGUGGAGACACCAGAGGCUCCUAACAGAGGUUUCUUCAAAGGCCUUUUUGGGGGAGGAGCUCAGUCCCUGGACAGGGAAGACCUCUUCGGUGAAACAGCUGCUGGUAAGGCCUCCCGUAGCCUGGCCCAGCACAUCCCUGGUCCAGGGAGCAUGGAGGGCAUGAAGGGUGCAGCAUCAGGGGUUGUGGGAGACCUGGCUCGCGCCCGGAUAGCACUGGACGAGAGAGGGCAGAAACUGGGCGAGCUGGAGGAAAGAACUGCAGCCAUGAUGGCCAGCGCAGACUCCUUUUCCAAACAUGCUCAUGAUAUGAUGCUGAAGUACAAAGAUAAGAAGUGGUACCAGCUCUGAUGGCAGCGCGUGGAGCAUCGGACUCUGUAAUCACGCACACCAGUGUCUCUUAAGAGCUGCAGGUUCCUCUACUUCUCUUCUCUAUUCCUCUCCACGGGGGGUUCUGCUCAACAGACUUGUGCUUUUAUUCUUGGUACAAUAUCAUACACUCUGCAUUACCUCAGUCACCGGAGGACUGCUGCGGAGUUGACACUGGCUGACCCAACGUAAUGAGAAUGGAAAGAAAUGGAAGAAGAGAACACCUUAGGAAUCUCUCUUUCCAUUUCUCCUGAGAGUGAUGAUGUUUAUUUAACAUCAGUACACCAAACAGAAGAGAGGGGACCUAUCAUUUCCAUCAUCAUGCACUCAUAUAUACCCUGCUGUUUUGUUCUGAUUGAGGAAAGACAAUUCUGCAAAAGAUGUACUUGUAGUGGCCUGAUUGCAAUUGUUCUUUUUUCUCUGCCCUUUAUCGUGUCUGCCAAACACAGUGGACAUAAAUGAGGAGAAAAGUCUGAUGAACCCUUGUCCUUCAAAUCUAAUCAAGUCAAAUGAAGAUGCAAGUCUGUAUAGGAAUGAUUGAAUCAGUAAAGGGCAUGUGUAUGUUUGUUUUUCUGGUUUAAAUUAUUUUAUUAUUAGAGUCCCUUUUUGUCAUGUUUUGUCCGUAAAGGGCCUCUCAAGCACUUAAAACCGUAUAGAAUAGACAGGGAGUUAAUGAAAUGCCUCUCACCGAAUAAGGGCUGGUAGUGUGCUAGUUCAUCACCGACCAUUUCUUUUACUGCAUUUUCCAACCAAGUUGUUUUAAGUGAUAAAGACUAAUGCUGUGUUUUCUGAGAGUCACCUUUUGUUUUUAUUUUAAAUUACAUUAUUUAUUGGAACAGUAAUAGGAAGUAAAAUUAGUCUGUAUGUUGGCCAUUAAAUUUUUUUUCUUUGUCAAUUAAAUGGGCUAAGUGCUGAAAUGUUUACCCUCACUGAAGAGUUUACAUUAAUCUAUCAGAAAAACUAAGAGUUGAUACACUGGAAAACCCCUGAAGGGCUUAUAUUCUUCUAGCAUUCAAGGGGCUGUAUAGCUAAGUCACGUAUGAGAGGGAUAUGUGGAAGGGCAAGACAAGGAUUGUCCUUGUAUGAUUAGCAUAAAUGUAUAUUUUGGUUACAAUUUUAUGUGAUAAAGAUUCUACCUAUACAUGCUUAUUCAGAUUUGUUUUUUUGCAUUCUGUCAUAACUGAUGUUUUUUUUUUUUUGUCUGGUUUCUCAAUAUGUACGGAAAAAAGCAUGUGUCUCUUACAGCACAAUGGAAAUGGUAAUCCUGUCUUUGUAUUUGUAGCUGCCAGUAGAAAUGACCAAGCACCAUAGUGUUCCUCACAAGGCCAUUGGUCAUUUCUCUCUCAGCCAUUCACUUAAACACUGUUUCUCUUCUGCCUUUGCCUCAUGACACAUAUAUGCUAACCUCUACCUAUAUGUAUGUCUGUGUGUUUGUGAACAUGCAUAUAUUCAGGAAUAUGUGUAUGGGCGCCAAUAUUUAUAAUACUACAUAGAUACAGUGUAUUACAAUAGGUCUUUUGAGGUUCUUGUUUUUGCUUGACUGUGUUUUCAAUGUGAUUAACUAGAGUUCUAUUGUAAUUAGAUUUCUUUUUCAUGAGGUGCAAGGACAUGCUGCUAUUUGUGUCAAUGUAGGAGCAUUACUUGUUGGUCUGUUAUUUUGAAAAGAGAGACUUUGACGGUCUGGAUUGCUGCCAAAUGUUGUAAAUAACGGGACAGCUGGACACAAAUCUGAUAGUGCAGGUUCAGGCUACGUGACAUACUGUACACUUGCGGCCAUGUUCUUUUUUGACACCAAAGACUUGCUUAAUUUCACAGAGUUGUCUUGAUUUUUUUCCCAAAUGGUAAGAGUUAGUCGGGGUAUCUUGGACAGCACUCUUAAAUAAGAAGUCUACUGUCUGUAGUGUUGGAUAGUAGAUUGGCUUUAGCUUCUUUUAUGGGCAUGUCACCCUCAUUACCCAAACUCCUGUACAGAGGAUAGGCAAAGUGAAUUUGAAGAGUUUCAUUCCAAAAUGAGAGAUCCACCAAAGAAGAGCAUGCGACACUGACUCACAGUAAAUGGCUGCAGGCAUGAAGUAAAACUGUUAGAUGUUUUGAUCCAUUUUCUUGGAUUUUCGAGAAUUAAAUCCUGUAUACUUAGGAGAUGAUCAGUGUUCGGUUAGACCAAAAAUGUUUUAUCCAAGAUGGAUAUACAGCCUUUUGGAAUAAAACCCUUCAAUUUUUACUGCCUGAUUUUAAUCUACUCUACUGUAUACUACUGAGAGAAACCCAUUUCAAAGAGCAGUUAUAUGGGUUUUGCACUUGCACAUUUUUUGUACUUGUAAUUUUGUUAUGAGUUUUGGUGUGUUUAUUCUAACCCCAUUUUCUUAUUUUUGAAAGGACCAAAACAUGACAGAACCUAUGCUUAUCUAUGUCAUUUGGCAAUUAUGCUGAUUGCUUCACUCUCAGAUUUGUUUUCAAUGUCAGGUCAAUGAUAAUAUAUUUAUAUAUUUGAAAACAAAUAUAUAUAUAUGCUUUUAAUUUCAAUAAUAUAUUAAAAAUGAAUACCUUAAAUGUAAUUUUGGGAGAAAAUAACUCACAUUAAUGUCAAAACAAUGGUUGUGCAUAAUGAUCCAUCAUCCAGACAUGAAAAUAAAAUAAUCCUGGUUAUAUAUUGAACACACUCAUCUCUGCUACUGCAGGAGGGUCAUCUCCACUUGGUGGGCUGCUGAGUCUUUCUACAAAAUGUGGCCUCGACUAUAAAGUGCUUCAGUUUGCAA